CGAUUUCCCGCUUGUUAUAAAUUGAAAGUUUGUUUAUGUUUUGAGAAUGAACGUUGAAAAUGCCAGAUUUGAUCGAUAAUCCAUCUUCUUCUAACAAUUUCACCAUGAGUUUUAGCUCAGAUGAUGAGGAAUCUUCAAAACGGUCAUUAUCUAACCAAAAUGUUUCACUUUCAGAGUUGAAGGCUCUAGAUAAUUUACUAAGAUGUCCGUCAUGUUAUGAUUAUAUAAGAACAGCUAUGAUUCUACCAAACUGUCACCAUAAUUUCUGUUCCCUGUGUAUAAGAAAAUAUUUUUGUUAUAAAACUCAGUGCCCUGCGUGUUCUGCUCAAGCUAGUGGACCAGAGUUAAGAAAUAACCGAAUAUUAGACAAUGUUAUAGAACAGUACAAAAAAAUCAAAAAGCCAUUAAAGAAGAUAUGGAAAGAGAAAGAGAAUAUAUCCAGUCCUAAAGAUGUCUGUUUACAGGAAGGCAGUAAAUCAACAGUUGUAGCUGCUGUUAAUAGUUCUUUAACUAAUCAUAUUUCUAAAAAUUUAUUAAUAGCAGACGUGGAUUCAGACAUUGAAAUUUGGGAAGAAGAAACCAAGAAAGUAGCCACAAAAUUCACGGAUUAUGACUCCGAUAUGGAUUUUUGUGCAGAAAAUAUAAGAAAGGGGCCAGUAGAAUCUUGUAAUGGCUCCAAGGAGAAGUUUGAUAAAAUAUUUCCAAGUUCAAGCGAUUACAAGACGUCAAAACGAACUGAGAAGACAGAAAAGACUGAAUUUACUAAGUUAAAAGAUGACUCCAUGUUGACGCCAUUACAAGAUAGCUGUCUACCAAGCUGUAGUACACCAGUUAGUUCUCAAGAUACAUCCAGCAUAGACAAAGUUGAUUGUCCUGUUUGUGGUGUGUUAGUACGUCAACAGUUAAUCAACAAACAUCUUGAUAAUUGUCUUCAUAAAACAGAAAAAAUAGAAAGUUUAAGAAGUAGUAGUAAGAAGAAACCAUUAACUAAACUAGUUUAUCAUCUGAUGUCUGAUAAAGAUAUUAAAAACAGAUUAAAAGAGUUAGGAUUAUCUACAGACGGAGAUAGAAAGGUGUUGAUUAAAAGACAUCAAGAUUUUAGUUUACUACAUAAUUCUGAUUGUGAUUCUUUACAUCCUAAAGCAACUCCAGAAUUGGUGAGAUAUUUUGAAAAGAAUGAAAGAAUACAAAGGAAACUGUCUGAUUCUUCUAAACAAAAGGGGUUGAAAAUUAGUAAAAAUGCUGAUCAAGAUGAAAUAAGACAAGCUCAAAAAUAUUAUGAGAAACAGCACAAGAGUCAAUUUAAAGCUUUGAUAGAACAAGCCAGAAACAAAGCCAAAUCAAAUGGUGGUAAUGGUGUAGCCAGAAAAACUAAUCAAGCUUCUGAAAACUCUGAAGAAGAAUCUCAAGAGUCCACAACUGACAGAAGCAAACAGUCUGAGACUUUGGCGCAAGUUAUCAGGCAAACAGUGGAUGAUAUUGGUCGACUUGUGUCCAAUUCCAGUCAGGAAUCCUUUGACCUAUUUCCUGAUAGUGAUUUUAAGAAACCUGUUGAAGAAGAACCACCAACACCUAAUGGAGAAGCGGGUACCUCAUCCAAAGAUUUGAAUUCCAAUAACUCUGAAGAUAGCUCAGACAUGGAUGAAGCCUGCAAUGUUAAGACACCUUGCAGAAAGUCACUUUUUGAGUCAAAAUCAAAGAACGGUGACGCCUCACCGAUUCCACAGUCGCCUGUAAUUGGGAACAACAUGUUUCUGUCACCGCGAAGAUCUAAGUUAUCUACGGUCGGAGGUACCCUGUAUGUAGAUGAUAGUGGAUCAGAAAUGGGGGAUUCCACACCAUCAAAGGACAAGAGUUGUAUAGAAAAUUCAGUGAAUACCACUGGAAGUUCAGAAUUAUGGCCUGCAUUAUCAUUGACAACAACUCACCACGCAGAGAAUGGUGACAUUAAUGGUGAUAUCAAUGGUGACAUUAAUGGUGAUAUCAAUGGUGACAUUGAUGAUAUCAAUGGUGAUAUCAAUGAUGAUAGUGAUGGUGAUACCAGUGAUAUAAUACCAGUUUGUGAACUAGAGCCACCAUCUAUGGACAGUAUAAUAAGACCUACAAGAUUGAGUCUACAGUUGAGAGAAUCCAAUAGCAUAAGAAAGAGUGAGAGACAGAAACGGAAAGCUGAUAAUGAUGAUGUAGAUAGAAGACCUUCUAAAAAACACAAACAUUGAUAACAAUCUUACUAACUCAUUGUUUUUAUUUAUAUUUAAAGAGAUUGUAAAAAGGUUUUCUAAAUUUUGUAUGCAUAUCAGGAACACUGAUAGCAUCAAUUUGCACCAUUCCAAUUGACAAACAGAUGUCUGUGGCUCCUGCAAUUCUACUAAAACUAAGUGUUUGUUGAUGUCACUAAUUACGAAGGGCCUUGUGUGAUACAGCAUAUUUUGUGAUUAACAUUAGUGGCACCAUCAAAUACUUAGUUUUAGUGGAAUUGCAGAACACACAGACGUCUGAUUGAAAAUUGGAAUUGCGCAAGUUGAUGCUAUCAGUGUCCCUGAUACACAUAAGAAAUUAAAAAAACCUUUUUACAAUCCCUUCAAUAGGUUUUAUACAGAAAUUGCAUGAUAUAUUUUAAGGGUUCUACAAUUUAGUGAAAACUAUUUUAUCAUCUGAAUAUAAUGAAACUGUAACCCCUAUUUCCCUGAUGCUAUUGUUUUUUCUGUACAAAGUUGAAUAUUUGAUCAUUUAUUUUGUAAUAUUUUAUGAAAUCUGAUGAAAUAACCUUAAAUGUCUUCAAAUAAAAAUUAUUUAUGUU